AUGCUCUCCUCCCGUCCCGUCUCCACCUCGUCCUCCUCGACCGCCUCGGCAUCGAUCCGCGCACCACCCGUCUCCUCCUCUCCCCGACCAGCCGGUCAAAUCUCCUCCGCCGCCGACUUGACAGCUUCAGUCCGCCGAACAACAGGCGACCGCCCGCCUCCUCUGGUCGGAUGCAGCGUCACCCUUGUCGGCGAGGACGAGGUGUACGUCUUUGGCGGCCGACUGGUCCCGACUCGAACGAUGGUUGCGACGCUGUACUGCCUCGACUUGCGGACGCUCGAGUGGCGGAAAGUUUGGCCUGCGAAGGCUGUGGGUGAGGCGGUUCCGAGCGAGGACGAGCCGAGUCCUCCUGGCGCCUUUGGAGGCGGAUCGUCGGACGAGACGGAGACGUUUGCGCCUCAAGCGCGCUACUUCCACAGCGCAUGCGCGUGGGAAGACAAGCUCGUCAUCUUCGGCGGCGAGGGGUACGGGCCGACCGCACCUGGUACGACACCCGACACGCCUUCGCCCGAAAACGACCCGACUUUGGCGCUCAAGACAUUAGACGACGUUUGCAUUUGGGACACAAAGGCGGGAAAGUGGAUUGAUGGAGCGACGACUUGCAAGGAGGGAGUCGAGCAGCCCGCGGCGAGGUAUGCGCACCUGGGCGUCGUAACGAGCGUCAAAGUCGAGGAAGGGGAGGGCGAGAAGAGCGAGGCGAGGGAGAAGGCGGUCAUGCUCGUCAUGGGCGGUCAGGACAUCCGCAAUACUUACCUCCACUCGAUGAACGUGCUCGACCUCAAUUCGAUGACCUGGAUCCAGGCGAGCAAUUGGGACCGACAUAUUGGGACUUACCGAGCCGUCGCGACCUGUCCUCGCUACACUGUCGUCCCGACUGCCGUCUCGCAGCCUGUCCCCGCUUCGUCAGACGAAAUCGUAGAUGAUGCGCAGCGAGCUGUACGAGGCGAACGCGGCGCGGAGAAAGCCCUCGGCUUGAAUGAGGGCGAGUCGCUCAUCCAGCUGUCGCACUCGACUAUCCCGCCCGCAUCCGACCCAGAACCCCUCAUCCUCUUUUCCAACUUCAACUUCACCCAAGUUCGUCGCGACCUCGACCUCCUCACGUCUCCUCUCUCGCCUUCGAACCCGCUCGAGGCAACUUCCCUCUCGUCCUCUUUCUCCGGCACGUCUCUCCCGCCUGGCUUGCGCUUCCCGACAGGCGCCAUCGUCGGCCGCCACUUCCUCGUCUUCGGCACCUUCCUCUCGAGCGCGAUCAACAACUUCUCGAUCUGGGCGCUCGACCUUGGGCCGGGCGGCGCGAAGGGCGUCAAGGACCGGAUCGAGAAGGGCGAGAAGCUUGAGUGGACGCGCGUUGAUCCGGGAAGUGUGUUGGCGAAGGGAAGCUGGAACAGGGCCGUGUCGUGGCGGAACAGCGUUGUCGUGCUGGGCGACCGAGAACGCGACAUCGCAUCCGAUUACGACCACCGACAAACCAACUUUGCGCACGUCGCCUUCAUCGACCUCGAGUCCUUUGGCAUCUACCAGCCUCCGCCGCAGUCCCUCCCACCGAUCGCACAAUCCUUCGGCCUUCUCACGCUCGCUCAACCAUUCUUGUCCGACUUCGAAAUCAUCUGCUCCGACGGCAAGCGGCUAGCCUGCUCGCGCAAGGUUCUUACCGACCGGUGGCCCUGGUUCGCCGCGAAGAUGGAAGAGUUCAAGUCGCGCGCGUUGGCAGUGCAAGCGGCUCAACAGCUCGGCAAGGCGCAGCCUGUCGAGAACGGCGCGACCAGCGAGACGCCUGCUUCGACGGCGACAGACGAUCUUCGCCUCACGCCUCGCACUCUCGACCUUCCCGAAGCGUCCUCCGUCGUCCAGGCAUUCCUCCAAUACCUCUACACCCUCACGCUCUGCACCCCUCUCCAGCUUCACCCACCCGUACUCGCCGCUCUCGCCAUCUUUUCCCGGACCUACGAAGACGACGCUCUCUGGGCGCUGUGUGUCCACGCUCUCCACGGCGUACUCGAGAAAGAGGUGCAGGCUGCGCCGCUCGUCUACGAGGCGGCGACGAUGAGCGGCAGCACAGCUUUGCAGAUUCGAGCCUUACGGACGAUGCUCAGCAAUCCGGCCGUGCGCAUGCGCCAAUCGCCGCGACCACCUUCGCAGCCCCAAGAUAUUUCUGCGGUGCCGCAGUCGGCGGGAGGCUUCGCUCGCGCUGUUGGCCCGCCAGCGCAAUCGACAACCACAGGUCGGCAACGAGCGCAUCCCGCGAACCUGCACAGUCUGUCGGCAGGACCGCCAGUCUCAACCUCUCGCACGCCGCGCCAGCUUCCGGGCCCGCUUCGCUCGCCUCGCUCGCCGCGCUUCCCAGAAGAUCCGCCACUGUCUCCCGCUCCUUCGUCCCCUCUGCCCCGCCCGCCGUCGAAGCCUUCGCCUUCCUCCCUAUGCUCAGGAUCCGAAACCUGCGACACUCAGUCGCUGCGCUCGAAGUCCUCGAAGCCGCCCUCGGAUGCCGUCGCUGAGCCCACCCCCGACGAAGUCGCGCCUAUCCCGGUGCCGCAAUGGUCGCCGUUCGCGCCAGAUCCGACACUCUCGCCGCGACUGGCGAGCGGCUUCUUCGACACUUCCCCCAGUACGGACUCGGUGCUUGCCUCGUCCCCGCCAUCGCUCGCGAGCCAUGGCCUUGCCAACUCGCCAACCCGCUCGACCCGGUCAGGCCCUCAUGCACCCUCGACAAGGUCACGCACAGACUCAGUCGGCCAGCGUUCUGUUGCGUCGACAUCGUCGAGCUGUGCGGGUGGACUUUACGGCUGGACGAACCUGCUCGAGCCGCAGAUCGAGGAGGACGAGGACGGUCCGGCCGUCGCAAGCGACUUCGCGGAAGUGAGAAACACGGCGAGAGGUUCGCUCAAUCUGCCGCAUCCGCACGAGGCGCGAACGCCGUCGAGCACGCUUCCGUCGCAGACGGCAACGACGUCUCGCCUUUCAGCCAGCUCCGCGAUGCCGAUCCAGCGACCCGGUGCGACCCCCCAGUCCUCUAAUACGAAGGGAGAAACGCACUGGGCUCCGUCUUUCUUCGACACGGUCAAGAGCGACGGGUCCGUCCGCAAUCCGCUCUCGUCGCGCAAGGCGACGCAGAUCUCGCAAGACCUGCUCGCUCAGCUUGACCUUGAUCGCCUCGUCGAGCAGUCGACAACACCUGCCGUCGCCGUUUCUCCGCCGAUUGCAGUCACAUCCUCCCUCGCCGACCAAUACUUCGACAACCCUCGACCUGCGCCAGCACCUUCCCCCUUGCCUCGCCUCGAUGCCGACUCGCCGGCGCCCCUCGCGACGUCGCCUGCGACUACGCCAGGCUUGCUCCCUGUAGCGUUCUCGCCGCCCUCGCGGCGGCACUCGCUAGAGCCUACGAGUGCAGUCACCUCUUCACCGAGAUCAUCGACUCCCUCGACACCCGGUCGCGGAGGCAAGAGUCGACCGUCGACUGCGUCCACCGUUUCCGGCUCGUCGGUCGCGAUGAGCAGCGGUCCGUCGUCGUCCGGCGAGAGCGUAUACUCUACCGACGAGCUCCUCACCCCGCCGACUCCGUCUGUCGGGCUACCGCCUCUUUCGCCGAAGAGCGCGCACACUCUGAGCCCGCUUCACGCUCUUCAGCAGCCAAAUGCUACGGUGCUCGACCGGCGUCCGUCUCUUCCGGCGGCAUCGAGCGCGAUUCGUACAGCGGUGGCGACGUCUACAACGACAGGCCAAAAGCGUGCAUCUCUCUCCUCGCGUCUUUCAACGAAGCCGCUGUCGAAGAAGGAGGAGAGGCAGGCGCUCGAGCUGUCGGUGGGCAGGAAGGUCCUUGAGGCAGCCGGAGCGAGCGAGACGGAGAUCCGCUUGCGAGCACGAAGCGUCGGACAUCAGGUUCUCAAGCAGCGAGAGGAGGAGGCGAAGCGCGGCGGGAAGGGCGGUAAGAACGCGGUGGCGCUCGGCGACUACUUGGGCGGGGUGGAGUUGUCGAGCAAGUUCAGCAUCGGGUAG